AGCCUUAACGAACGCUAGAAACGACCACGGUCAGCGAAUUGUUCUCGCCCUGUCUCUUCUCAGAGUUUCUUGUCUGCGCCGUCGCCGUCGCCGUCGCUGUCGUCCUCCUCCUCUGCUUCCCGAGGCAGAAGCCCUCGCCCGUGAUCUCUCGCGUCCGAGCUCGGCCCUUUGAGUCGCCCGAUGACUCCCACCUCUCUCCAGCUAUUGUUCGGCCUCAGCUGCGGGGAAUCGCCGCCCGUCUUCCCCCGUGUCUUGUCUGCCGCGUCGCCGUCCUCCUCCUCCUCCUCUGCUCCCUGAGGUGGAAACCCUAGAAGCCAUCGACCUUGAUCUCUCGCGUCCGAUCUCGGCCCGUUGAGUCGACCGACGACUCCUACCUCGCUCCAGCUACGCUUCGGCCUCAGCUGCGGGGAAUCCCCGCGCAUUUUCCCCUGGGUGCGACUCCGCCGCCGGUCUUCCCCCCUGGCUUGUACGCCGUGUCGCGUUCGUCCUGAUUCUCUGCACCCCGAGGCAGAAACCCUAAAGCCCUCGCCCUUGAUUUCUUGCGUCCGAGCUCGGCCCGUUCAGUCGCCCGACGACUCCCACCUCGCUCCGGCUAUGGUUCGGCCUCAGCUGCGGGUGAUCUUCACCCGUCUUCCCCCGGCUGCGAUUCCGCUGCUUUGAUCGCCGCUUUGGCUUGGUGGUCUCUGCCGGAGACGCCCUGGGUAGCGAACGGAAGGGAGAGGCCUGGAAUAAUGGAUCAAAUGGGUCAUUGUAUUCCUUUGCAGGUUGCACAAGACCAUGGUUUGUUAUACUGAAGCAUACUACCCGGGUGAAGAUGCAUUUGGCCAAUGGGUAUCCCGAUGUUGCAAAAUGCAAGUAGGUUUCAACGGAGGUCCCUAAAUCCUUUCAAGACAAUUUACAACAAACAAGCAAAGAUAUAAUGAAAAAGAAGGCAAGAGCUGAGGAAGAAUACCAUAGGGCUACACCGGAGCCAGUUUAUGACGAAUAUGUGGGUUGCGACGAUGAAAUCGAACCGGAUCUCAUCACUGGUAUUCGUGCAUCACUAGAGCAUCAGUACAUAUACAAGGAAACAAUAAGACAUCGACAACCUGACUCACAAUGGGAGCGUGGCGGUGGCAGCGGGCCUAUGCCACAAGGAAUCCAAAGGUCGGCCAGCAUGAGACAACCAACUGCCCCUCCUCAAUUAAGCCGAAUUGGUAGCAUGAGGCAAAGUGGAAUCCGUGGUUUUAUGAGAGGACUUGGCAGGAGGUCAGCACUAGAUAUUAUUAAUAUUGAUCCACAAGCCUCUCCUUCACAAAUAACGAAACAGACACGGAUUGACGAUGCAUAUACAAAAGAAAAGAAACGAGAUAUUGGGAAGGCAAUUGCAAAAUGGUUCAACUUUCACAAGAUUCCAGCAAACACAGCCCAAGGUCCAUAUUAUCAGAGCAUGAUCUCCUCUAUUCAAAAGUCUGGCACUGGGAUUCAACCUCCAACACCGAAGGAGAUCCACGGCAUGUAUUUAGAUGAGGAGGUAGCAGAACUGAAGGAUUGGAUCAAAUCCUUCAAGAGUCAGUGGGACGAAUAUGGGGUGACACUAAUGUGUGACAGUUGGAUAGGGUCAACAAGAAUGAGUAUCAUUAAUUUUUUUAUUUAUUGUAACAGACGGGUGGUUUUUCACAAGUCAGUUAAUGUUUCUGACAAGAUUCAAGAUGCAAAUUAUAUUGAAAACAUAAUUGACACCGUAGUAGAGGAGAUCGGAUCACAAUACAUUGUUCAGAUAGUCACCAACAAUGAAGCCAAUUUCAAAAAGGCCGGUUUACAAUUAAUGAAAAAAAGAAAAACAUUGUUUUGGACUCCAUGUGCAACUCAUUGCAUGGAUCUAAUGCUGAAAGAUAUUAGUGAGUUACCCUCAGUCAACAAGUGUAUAACUCGAGCACAGUCUAUUACAAAGUUUAUAUAUAAUAAUCAUUGGAUCCACUCUUUAAUGCAAAAGUAUAUAAAUGGUGAGAUACUCAGACCUGGAGUUACUCGAUUUGCUACAAAUUUCAUUAUCUUAAAGUCAAUACAACAAAAGAAACAAGGCCUCAUGGCAAUGGUCAUCUCACAAGAAUGGUCAGAUUCUAGGUAUUCAAGAUCGAGCGAUGGAAAAAAGAUGGAAAAGAUUAUUCUUUCUUCUAGAUUUUGGGAUGCCGUGAAAGAAAUCAUAACAGGAGUAGAACCACUUUAUGUUGUCCUUCGUAAAGUCGAUAUAGAUAAGCGUCCCCAAAUGCCUUAUCUUAGGCAUAUGUUAAUUACAGCAAGAGAGGAGGUCAAGAAAGCAUUCAAAGAUGAUUUUAAGGCCAAUCAAUACUUACAAAUUAUCGAUCGUAGGAUUGAAGUUUAUAUGGAUCAAGAUAUUUAUAAUGCAGCCUAUUAUCUAAAUCCGGCCAUUCAAUUUCGGUACAGUCUUGGCAUGCGAUCAGAUUUAUUGUCAGCGCUAAGAAAUGUUAUAUAUCGACUCUUGUCAAACACUACGAAUGCAGCCGAUGCUAUUAUGGAGAGUCGAUUAUUCCUGGAAACAAUUGGUUCAUUCUCCGACAUUGUAGCUAUAUCGUGUCGUUACAAUAUGGAUCCUGCCGAGUGGUGGUUACAAUUUGGAGGGGAUGCACCAAAUUUACGAAAGGUUGCCAUUCGUGUACUUUCGCAAACGACGACAUCUAGUGGUUGUGAACGUAAUUGGUCAACGUUCGCAUUGAUUCACACGAAGGUCCGCAACAGACUAUCAUAUAGACGGUUUGAGAAACUGGUAUAUGUCUACUAUAACAUGCAGCUAAGGCUGCAGUGUGCCGAGUUGGACAAGGAGCCAAAGGAAACAGAGAUUGAUCCCAUCGACUUCCAAUUUUACAACGAAGAUUCAGAGCCAAUGUUAGAGUGGGUUGAAGCAAUGGAGAAUCUAGAGGAUCCUCUACUUGAUGAGGCAGGAGAUCCUCAACGUCCUUCGCGUUUUAUUAUCGAGGCAAUAAAAGAAGAAGCACAUCCCCAGCAGGAGGAAGAUUCCCCUCAGUUAGAACGUGACGGAAGGAGCCAGACAACAUCGAGUAAGACUACCCGAGUAACUAAAGACACCCAACCGUCACAAUCGUCUGCGCAACGUGCAAAUGCAACAGCAAAGGGGAAGGCAGUAACAUCAGCCGCACUGUUGGGAAGAAUCGAGUCGAGCGACGAAACACCUUCUCGAUCGUAUUCAACAACCUGCUCAGUCCAGAGACAUGGUAGCGACGUGGACAGCAGUGCCUCGACCGAUGAUGGCGGUGACAUCGGGAAGUCGAUGGUCCCAUCUACACAAUUUGAGGGUGAUGCAUGGACUGAGGAGCAGUAUUUUACACCUAUCACCCAAGAUUCGGAUCGUGGAACUCAACAAGGUACUAGUCAAGUUUAUGCGCGAAAGGGGAAGGCAGUGGAUGAUUUUAAGCAGAUGCGACAGAGCCUACAAAAUGUAGACACAGAGCGAAGCUCAUCGUAUUCACAGUCAUCGUAUUAUAAAGAAUCUUACGACCAACAACAAUACGGUGAUAGUUGGUCAGACUUCUCUGAGCAGCAGUCCGGUGAUCAAUUUUAUGAUACGGAGCAGCAGAUCAGUGGCAAAAGUAGAAAUUCCGACAUUGUUCUCCAUGCUUCGUACCAAUAUAUGCCUCAAUCGUACUUGCCUCAGGAGUCGCCUCAGACACGUGUGAUCCACGACGAUCAGACUACGACCAUCACCACAUUGAUGCACCAAUGGCAUACAAUGUAUCAGUAUACUAUGUCAUGGGAUCAAUUUCAGGAUUGGGUCCAACAAACAUAUCAAAUUGAUAUACAAAUACAUAGGAUUGAAGAUCCUGAUCCAUUGCCUGUUGAGUCCCGUCGUUCUUUUUGGUGGUAGAACUAGAUAAUUCAAUAUUAACGGAAGGACGGUUCAGAACGUACCAUAAAGCUACUCAAAGUCCAAAAAAGAUAUAUUUGGAGCCAUUUUCGAUGAUUUUUGGCAUACCGUCCGUACACUUUGGUACGUACCAUACCGAUAUAUGGUUGGUACACUAAUACGGACCGAUAAGAUGAACCUUGAAUAAUAUUAUUUCAACCUGACCAACAUGUCACAAAGGCACGAGCUGCUAUUGCACUUUUAACUGGUGCUGCAGCAGAGUUUAUCAGCGAGGAAUUUGCUUGUAUUGUGGUUCAGUCAUUGGCUGAAACUGAUGUGAGUGCACACACUGCUUUAGUUGCCCAAGUAGAGAAAGAUCUUACAGCAAACUUUGAGAAAGAGCUUUCCAAGGAAAGGGAGAAGAUAAAGGCUCUAGAUAAUUUGGCUGAAGAGGUGAAGCUAGAAUUAGACAGAGUACAGACAAAGAUAGGAGGAACAUAACACCCUAAUUCAGGGGACGUGCUACUGGUGAUCCAACAUGGAAGUUCUUUUAAGGAUAAGACAUGAAGCACAAGAGCAGUUUAAUGAGUAACAAGCUGGAAAUAUCUUUUGAGAGGGAAAGGAUUGAUCACACAAGAAGGCAGAAAGCCAGAAUCAGAUUGAUAUAAAGUUACAGUACAAACUGGACGCUGAGGAGAAGGUUUUGUCCAUUGCUUAGGUCUUGGGCAGAGGAGGAGGCUAAAAGAACUCGAGAGGAAGUGCUGGGGAACAUUCUCCAGUUGAUGAGACAACUCAAAGAUGAGAAAACUUAGUUAAGAAGCCUAGUGGCGGCUGAACUAAGAGUCAGGCCUUCAGCUGUUCUUGAGAAAAUAAUCGAGAAGAUCAUCUCUUUAGUUGCAGCUUUGAAACAGUGUGCUUUAGAAGCUUCCAGAUAUUCCAUCAAGCUUCAGAAUGCUGUAAUCUCUGAAGCGUAUGAGUACAAGUCCCUCUGGGUUCAGCUCAGUCAUUGCCGACAGGAUGAGGCUGGAUGGUUAAAGAUUGCAAGGAAGGUUAUCAAGGGGACCAUGCAGGAAUUCAAUACAGUAUAAGCAUUCUUUUUUGCCUUGUGUAAUUUAGUUAUAACAAGUGAUGAUGAUUCAAGCCUUUCUUCUUUCCCACCAAAGGUGCCACUUUGUUGAAUGUGGAAAACAGUAAUCAAUUGAGUUAUUGUUAUGGUGUCA